UUAAAGCCUGCUUUUGGCGCCGGUUGCUUUUCUUCGCCCAUUCGGACGGCUGCCUUCUUUCCCCUUCUCUUCCGCGCUGUAAAAGCGUCAGCAUGUCCGACAAGCUGCCGUACAAAGUUGCUGACAUCAGCCUUGCUGAAUGGGGACGCAAGGCCCUGGACAUUGCUGAGAAUGAGAUGCCAGGGCUGAUGAAGAUGCGUGAGAUGUACUCCCCAACAAAGCCACUGAAAGGAGCUCGGAUUGCUGGUUGCCUACACAUGACAGUGCAGACUGCGGUUCUGAUUGAAACUCUAUUGGCUCUGGGGGCAGAGGUCCAGUGGUCCAGUUGCAAUAUUUUUUCCACACAAGAUCAUGCUGCUGCAGCUAUUGCCAAAACUGGAAUUCCUGUGUACGCCUGGAAAGGGGAAACAGAUGAAGAAUAUAUAUGGUGUAUCGAACAGACCCUCUAUUUCAAGGAUGGACAACCUCUGAACAUGAUUCUUGAUGACGGUGGAGACCUCACCAGCUUGGUUCAUACAAAAUAUCCUCAGCUCUUGAAAGGAAUCAAAGGAAUAUCUGAGGAGACAACCACUGGGGUCCAUCAUCUCUACAAAAUGCAUGCCAAUGGAACCCUGAAGUUGCCAGCUAUUAAUGUUAAUGACUCUGUCACCAAGAGUAAAUUUGACAACCUCUAUGGCUGCCGAGAAUCCCUCAUUGAUGGAAUUAAACGUGCCACAGAUGUCAUGAUUGCAGGAAAAGUGGCUGUCGUAGCAGGCUAUGGCGAUGUUGGCAAAGGCUGUGCUCAAGCCCUGAGAAACUUUGGUGCCAGAGUCAUCAUCACAGAAAUUGACCCCAUCAAUGCAUUGCAAGCUGCUAUGGAAGGUUAUGAAGUUACAACAAUGGAAGAGGCCUGCAAAGAAGGCAACAUCUUUGUUACAACAACUGGAUGUUCAGAUAUUGUGCAGGGGAGGCAUUUUGAGCAAAUGAAAGAUGAUUCCAUUGUGUGCAAUAUUGGGCACUUUGAUGUGGAAAUUGAUGUGAAAUGGCUGAAUCAAAAUGCCAUGGAGACUGUAAAUAUCAAACCCCAGGUGGACCGCUACACACUGAAAAAUGGACGCCAUAUUAUACUUCUGGCAGAGGGCAGGCUGGUGAACUUGGGAUGUGCCAUGGGACAUCCCAGUUUUGUUAUGAGCAAUUCUUUUACCAACCAGGUGUUGGCACAAAUAGAGCUUUGGACAAAUCCUGGCAAAUAUACUAUAGGAGUCCAUUUUCUGCCAAAGAAACUGGAUGAAGCGGUUGCUGCUGCUCAUCUGGAUAAACUUGGUGUGAAGCUGACCAAGCUAAGCGAUAAGCAGGCCAAGUACCUAGGAUUAUCCAAAGAUGGUCCCUUCAAACCAGAUCAUUACAGAUACUGAGCAGUUAGCAAGGCCCAACAGGCUCAAGAUUCAAGGGGAGAAAUCUUCCAGAGUUCUUCUGUGCUGGGAUUUGGUGAACAGCCCCAUCGCCUGUCGUCUUUCUAUUCUCCCACAUCUGCCUCUUGUCUUCUCCCACCUCCAGUGCAUCUGCUCUUCCAAAGAAACUUCCAAGAGUCUUUCAAGCAGCUGUCUAACGCUUAGCCGAGGAGUGAUGGUGCUGGAGAAUCAAAAUGUGCUUUGCAAAUUCACUUCUCUUCAUGGCCUCGCCCUUUUGAAUUUUUGAAUACACUGACUACAAAUAAACUGGGGAGCAGGGAGGAGGAGAAGAAUAUACCUCUAAGCUGCUUGCCAUCACAUUAAUGCUUGAAGUUUUAUCAGUCAGAGAUGUGAAAUAUGUUUUAAUUUAAUGUUUUCUUGCAUUCAGUCUCAGACGCUGGUUUAAUCUGGCUGUCAGUUGUAACAGGGUACAAUUUGCAUACAUACAGGCCUUGAAAGUAUCUUGGAAGGAAAUGUCUGAAAACAAUUUAUUUCCUAUGUAAUAAAACUGGUUCUGAAAGCCUGACUCUGGGGAUGGGGGAACAUUCAGUUCUCCAAAGAGGCCGGCAGGAAUUGUCUGCUCAGGCCUGGUCUGUCCUUGUGUCAUAAAGCAACUUUGUUAAACAUC